AACAGAUAACCAAAAAGAAAAAGAAAAAGAAAAAGAAGAAAGAGAGGGAGGGAGAACGAAAGGACGGAUAUAUUGUGAAGCAGAGGUAGAGAGGGGCCGUAGCGUACUAUCCAAUCACCAAUACAAAGCAAAAUAGAUCCUUCGCCGCUAUCAGUCAUCGACGAUCGUAUUUUCUCCCGCCCAAAUCCUCAUAUACUUAAGUCCUUCGGCGAAGGAUUGUAGAGUUGAGUUUUUAUGGAGAGAGUUGGAGGUGAUGGUGCCUCGGCAGCUGCAGCAUUUAACCAACGGAGUCAUGAACUCUCACAAACUUUCCAGUACUAUUUAGAUAAAACUGUUCCUCAUGCUCCCUAUAGGUGGAUUGGAACCUUUGUCUUAGCAUUUGUUUAUGCCCUGCGGGUUUAUUAUCUUCAAGGAUUCUACAUUGUUACCUAUGGUUUGGGCAUCUACAUACUCAAUUUGCUGAUUGGUUUUCUAUCGCCUCUUGCUGACCCUGAACUGGAACCAUCAGAUGGACCUUUGUUGCCAACUAAAGGUUCAGACGAAUUCAAGCCUUUCAUACGUCGCCUUCCAGAGUUCAAGUUCUGGUAUGCCAUAACAAAGGCUUUCUGUGUUGCAUUUAUGAUGACAUUCUUCUCUUUAUUUGAUGUUCCCGUGUUCUGGCCUAUAUUGCUCUGCUAUUGGAUUGUUCUUUUUGUCCUUACAAUGAAGCGGCAAAUUAUGCACAUGAUCAAAUACAAAUACAUCCCGUUCAACCUUGGAAAGCAGAAGUACUCUGGGAAAAGGCCAUCAGCAAGUGGCAGCAGCCCCAGAGCAGACUGAACUAUUGCGGGUUUUUUUUCAAAAUUAAAUGGAGGAAGAAAUAGGCCAAAAGGGGAAAAGAAUGGAUGAAGUUGUUCCAUAGUUUUUUCUUUAUGGGAUUUGUAUCUACAUUCUACUCUGACCUGAAUUCGGAGUUACCAAAAUGUAGUUUGUUAGUGAUUGUUUAGUUGUUUUUCCUUUUCUCUCAGAUUUAAUACUUGUACUUGCUGAAAUAGUCUAAUCUGGUACAUGUAACAACUAGAUUUGCAGUUCUGGUAGCCAUAGUUGAUUGGAAAAUGGAGAUCUAUUGUAGUUACUUGCAGUGAAUCUUAUUAGCAUAUGAAAUUACAUUCUUUAGUGCUC